AUGCCACGCAAGGACAGAAAGAAACCAUCUGGAAUGGUUAUCGCCAACCGUGGAAAGAAGUCACGUAGGAAAAAGUUGGUGUAUCAAGAUGAACCUUCCUUUGAGAAGCAGAAUGGUGAAAAAGACGAUGAGCAGGAAAAGGAUGAGGAUGCCAACGAAGGUAAUUUGGGAGGCAUCGUAUCGUACUAUAUGGAUAUUCUAGCAGAUUCGAUGACCAUUCCGAAGGUGAUCCAGCUUUUGGGCGUCUUCUUUCUUGGAAACUUGAUCUUUGUCCUUUUCAAUCAACAAGCAGCGCUUGUUUCAGAGGACGAGAAGGAGACAAACGAUCCAUGGUGGCCAGUUGUGGUUGGUGGAAUGGCCUUGGGUGCCAACCUCUUGCAGCUUUUGGUCGUCUGCUAUAAUUCGUACAAAAACUACACGGCAAAGUCCGAAAAGCUCGAAAAGGAGGGAAAAGCAGGUGAGAUAAAGACACUCGAAAAACCACAACUCCCGGAAUUCGAGUACAUAUACGCCGUUUUCGUCCCUCUUGCUGUCACACUACUAAUUGCACCUUCCAAGUUGCCCGUUGUUGCUUCCUGCAUAGCCCAGGUUCCAUACUUGAAGCUUCCAGUUCGUGUAGCUGUCAGUUAUGUCACCGUUUAUCAGCUUGGAACAGGAGGUGGUGACUGUACAGGAACCCAGAUUGUUUUGGCACCAAUUGUUUUGGCUGCCACGUAUCUCAUAUUGGACAAGUUUGUCGCUUCCUCCAUUUCACUCACUGAGAAAAUGCUUCUGUCGCAUCUCUCGGUUGCAUUGCUUCUUUUGGUCGAUGAUUCCGCAGAUAUUACACUUGUCAUCUUCAGAGCACUUUCUAUUUCGUUUGGCGAGGCUCUUUUCUUGGCUCUCUGCCUCAAAGACCUCUACAAAGCACAAAAGCCGGGCUCGAUUCGCUCAAAAGCCCUUUUAUUCGUCAUAUAUGCCGUUUUUCUCGGAAACGGUAUCAUCAUGUCUUCAAAAUUCCUCUAUCCGGCACUCCGAAGGCAGCCUUGGGCAUGGCUCUCCUCUUUUAUCGCCGAGAGCGAGACCAGAAGCUUCAUCUUUAAAGUCUGGCUCGCAUCCUCCCUAACAAUCACACCUGCAGUGCUCACUUUCGGCAAUAAGUUUGCGUUUGGCAUGCGGAGAAAGAUCUGGCACUUUGCAAUUUUCCUUGCCCUAUCACUCCCCAUUGUUCUCGACCCACAGCUCUGCUCAAUGGCUUUGGUCGGCUUAUUUGGCAUUUUCUCGCUUAUCGAGAUCGUUAGGGCCAAUAGCAUUCCUCCAUUUGGCUCCUGGAUCCGCUCCUUGCUUCUCCCAUUCGAGGACAACAAGGACAAAAGGGGCACGUACGUUUUUUCGUACGUCUAUCUUGUUUUGGGUGUUGCCCUUCCUCUUUGGUUCAACAACUGCGAAAACAGAGGCUCAUCUUUGAUUGGCUUGGUUUGUCUUGGCUUGGGCGACUCUCUUGCCUCUUUGUUGGGUAAAGCGAUUGGUGUUUUGUACUGGCCCGAGGGUUCGAAAACGAUCGAGGGCUCUUUUGUGUUCUGCCUCUCCACAGUUGCUGGUUUGUGCUUUUAUCAAAAAUACGAGGAGGACGACUUCAACAUAUAUGCAAUUCUCACAACAUCGAUUGUUACUGCCGUGUUCGAGGGUAAUAUGUCUAUCAAUGACAAUAUCCUAGUUCCUGUUUUGGGAUGGCUGUGUAUGGAGGCCUCUGAAAGGAUGAGAUAUUGA